ACCGACUUACGCAAUCACUGUACUUGGGGGACUGGACAGAAGUCCCAACCCAAAUCACGCACUCGCACUAAUUUGUACUCGGACCGAACCAUGAUCGAAACCCUUCAUAUGACCAUGGAGGUUCUUGCAGACGCCAAGGUGGAGAUCUUCGUCUUUAUCUUGGCUGCCUGUGUCCACUUCUUGCUCUUCAGCAAUCGCCUUCCCGUAAAGGACCUCAAGGCCAAGGCUGAACCAGUUGCGCGCGAGCAGAAAGGGCGUCCAGCUGCAGAGCCACAGAAUGUCAAGACGCUUCCCGGACCUGCAUCGUGCAUUUGCUAUGCCAUGAAGGACGCCUUGCGUUGCGACUUUGUGAAACAGGAGUUGAUCGAAGGUGAGUUGCGACGGCUGUUGGCCUCCUUUGAAGUGCCAGAGGACGAAACACAAGCCGUGCUGGCAUCUGCCUGUGAAGGCCUCGGGCGUCUCAUCAACCAUCCUGAACUGUUGGCAUCCAUCCGAGCCAUCGUUGGGGAGGUGACCAAUCCUUACCUGGCCGAGAAUUUGCUCCGAGGAUACUGGAGUGGAAAGGCCUAUGCCAACUUUGACAGCUUCCUCUUCACGUUUGGGGACUUUUGCAAGACCAGUGGCACCAAGAUGCCUCGACAGGUCAUUAUCCUGGCGAUCCAGUUCGUCGUGGCAGCAGAACAGAUCGAGGCUGAGGCGGCACAGAAACAGAAGGCCCGCCUCGCUUUGGUGGGCCGCGGGGAUGCGCCCGUGGCCAGCCCAAAAGUCCUGACCUGGGAGAAGCUGGAGACCAUCAUGAAGGACUUCUUGCUGAUGUUGGAUGAUGAACCUUCACGUUACGUUUCCUUUCAUCGCAUUUUGGAUGUGGUGGUGAAGCGUGAUGCCGAGAAGUGCUGGGAUGUCGUAAAGAACAUGGAGCAGCAAGGCUUACCCCCGAACAACGUCACUUGUUCCAUUCUUUUGAAGGGUGCGAGGAAGCACAGCCAGGACAAGUUCUUGAUCGAUGUCAUGAAGGUUAUCGACGCUCGCGAGGCCAAAGACAUCGACGAAGUUCUUUUGGGAUCUCUCUAUGAAGCGUGCAUCCGCUGUGGUCAGAUGAAGCACCUUUUGGAGUACGUGCAAAGGCUCCGCCACAAGGGAGGCCUCAUUGAGAUCCGCAGCCCUCACACAGGUGGCUCCAUCAUCCGCGCCUAUGGUGCCACGGGUGACAUGAAAGGCGUUUGGGACACCUGGAAUGACUUGAAACGUCGUGGAGUGGAACCGACACGAAUCACUUUGGGGUGCAUGGUCGAAGCACUGGCCGCCAACGACGACCCAGAGGGUGCCUAUGAAGUGAUCCAAGGGGCGCUGGCAGAUCCCAACACAAAAGGCCUGGUGACUGCGGUGACCUACAGCUCGGUUCUCAAGAGCCUCAACCACAAGAAGUGCUUCUAUCGUGUUUGGGAGAUCUAUGAGGAAAUGAUGCGCCAGAAGGUGGAGUUCACCACCACGACGUACAAUGCCUUGCUGGACGUGUGCGCCCGCAGUGGUGAGAUCUCGCGGGCCGAGCCGUUGCUGAAACAGAUGGUGGAGCAGGGCUUGGCGCCCAGCGUCAUCACCUACAGCACAGUGAUCAAGGCCUACUGUGGGGCCAAUAUGCUGGAACAGGCCUUCAAGCUCUUUGAGGAAAUGAAGUGCAACACAGACUUGGACCCAGAUGAAGUGACUUUCAACACCCUCUUGGACGGCUGUGCUCGCUAUGGCUUCUUUGAUCGUGGGUGUGAGGUGCUGCAGGAGAUGCGGAGGACAGGCAUCACUCCCAGCAACUACACCCUGUCUGUCAUCGCCAAGUUGGCCAACCGAAGCAAGAAACCCAAGAUGGCAUUCAAGAUCGUUGAAGCAUUGCGUAUGGAAUAUGGCCUCAAGCUGAACAUGCACGUGUACAACAACUUGAUCCAUGCAGCAAUCCUCGACAACGACUUGAUGAAGGCACAAGAGCUUUUUGCGACCAUGCUGGAAAACAAGAUUCAACCCGAUGGCAGGACAUAUGCCCUCAUGUUGAGAGCUACCGUGACACACAAGCUUGAUGCGCUUGCCAAGGUGAUGCUCCACAUUGCCUUUGGCAUGAAGGUCCAGGACCCAAGGAUCAUCAGCAAUGGGCAGCUACACAAGUCCUUGCUGGAGCAACUCCUGCGUCCGGUCCAAUGGGCAAAGGCACCUCUGCGCAGCGGCAACCAGUUACAGGAAGAUGUGGUCAAAGAUGUCGUGGAAUUUUUGUCCGUGGAAGCAGCUGGUUUGUCAAAACUGCUGGCAGAAAUUUCAAAGACGAUGCCAUCUGCAGCUGCUAUGGCCCAGCCAUAGUCCAAUUUCUGAGCCACUCCACACCUUCUGUUUUGCUGGGCGCCCAUGCCUGGUCCAAUGAAUGGCCUGACGUAAGGUAUUUUAAGGGUCAUUGGGCUGGCGGUGUGUGGCCUAAGUCCCGGCCGAUGGCGCAGAGAUUGCAUGAUGACAGUAUCUACAGAUCAGUGGCCCGAUGCGGCACGGGCCGUCAAGGAAGGCUUCUCGUUGGUUGGCGGUGUGACACAAGCUAAACCUAUUUUCAACUGGUCUCCCACCUGGAAAGCACAUGUUCCUGGAACCGUUAACCGAAGAGCCCUUGAUGGCUCAUGGCUGUUUUUUCGCUGUAGACUGCGGCCGACCACGUGAUGUGGC